GUUAAACUUUCAAUGUAACGAUACGGACACCUUUGGUGACAAGAAUACAAAUGUACGAGUAAUUAACUAAGUCAUCAGUAGAUAGACGCGUACAACUGGUUGAAUAAGUGUUUGACACAUUUGACCAAGUUCCCGACAAUCGCGCGAUGGUUGUCUACUUGUGAAAGCAAACGGGACUUUGCAGUAGAGUGUUUUAAGAGCGUGGGAUGCCUUUAUCUGGAAUUAGUGGAAAACCACUUAGCCGGAUAUAAAAGCCGAACGUACUUCUUACAAGGAAUAAACUGUUACCGUGCAAUACGAUAUCAUAAUCUUCAUGUAAAAAGAUUAUGUAUAUAUAUUCAUAAUUAACUUAAUUUAUUGACAUAUAACAAGCUUGAAUUAGUUUAACAGAAACGCGAAUAGUUUUUAAGCUCAGUGUCGUAUAUAAGAAAAUAUUAUAUAUUGCCUAAUAACAUUAUUAAAUCAGAGAGUGUACGCGCUCAGGUUGGAAUGAGGAUUUUAACCCCUGUUUUCGGCAAAACUCUUAUUUUAUAAGGCAAAGAUUGUGUAAAUCAAAGAAAAUGAUUUCAAACAAAGGUGUGCAGGUGAACAAUCUCGUUAUUAUACUGAGACAUUGACCUUGCCAGAGAGGAAGUGACGCAAGAUUUUCCAGCAAAUAUCAUCAUCGACGCAUACAAAGGUUCAUAAAGCUUAAAGAAAUAAAAGGAUUAAGUAAAUAUUUAUUACACAAGGAAUUGUUUAACGAAGCCUUAAGGAGAGAAAUAAUCCGUAUUAGUUAUAAGAUGAAACCAUCUGCUACUAUGGUCGAUUCAGAACACAUAUGUCAAAAAACUUGUCUAUGUACAAGUAAUUUGUUGGCGUGCCAUUGUGGCCGCACGCAAUUCACGUGUAUAAGAACCAAGAACGGUACCAACAAAUAUCAAAAUAUGCAUAUAUUCAAUACGAAUCGGUGUUAUAAAACACGGACGAUGUUCAAACAAGUAAAUUUUGCAUAUUUUCUAAUAUUUUAUGUGUUACUAGCGUGUUGUAGACAAGGAUAUACAGCUUCCAUCAGAAAUCCAGAGGAUCUCGAUGAUAUUAUUGAUCUAGACCACGAGUAUCUCACGUAUGGAAGCUACCAUGACAGCGAUGACGUCAUUGACACUAUACAGUAUUACUUCCGGUCAGAAAAGGGAGAUAAUUAUAGACCUUUAAGGCGUAAUACAAAUAUUGAUCUCAACACACCAUUAUGCUAUGUAGAUAAUACAUCAAGUAACAUCAUUUGUGAAUAUGGAAACAACCAGAACACCAACUUUUAUAGGGAUGAAGACCAUUCCGUAGCUGUGGCAAUAACAAACGAAGAUGGAACGAUGAAAUUAAAAGGAAUAGUUAACACAGAGGAUGCUGUCAAAGAAAUUGAUCCGUUGGAAUCCAAGGGCCUUCCACCAAACAGGUACCACGUGAUUAAAAAGAGAUGGACAGCCAAUAUGGUCCCAACUCGUUCCAAACGUUCGGCAAACAGGAGUAAAAAGAAUAAAAAAGAUAAAAUUAGAACAAAGGGAAGAAAUAAAAAGGGCUCUUGCACCACGUGUGGCAUUUCCGUUGGAAUUCAUGUCGGCAUUGGAAUUAACAGUCAAAAAGCCAAGCCGUACCAACCCUACCCCACAGAACCAUCACCAUACAAAAAGAUUCCCGAUUGGGUGUCCAAAAAGGGCUCCUCUUGCAUCGAUGUCCUCUGUGUGGUAGACUAUAGCAUCUAUAAAAAAUUCAAAGCAGCUGAAAAGACAGACAAGAAAGCUAUGGAAAAGAUAAGAUAUUAUUACGCACAUGUUAUAAAUGGGAUUAACAUGAGAUAUUCAACAAUUGCUCAAAAAGGUUUAAGCAUAAAUGUGCGACUGGCAGGAUAUUUCAUUGCGAAGAGACCUAAAGAUCUGCCUUUUAUAGAUGCCGAUAAGAUGGCUAAAGAUGCUGGGUAUCGAGUUAAUAGCAAUUACACGUUAACAGAAUUAGAUUCAUUCCUUAAAAAACAACAGAAAAGAAAAAAGAACGUGUUGCCAGAUUUUAAUCACGCUAUGUUGUUUUUAGAAUAUGCAGCUACUAAUCUAGGCGGCUCUGUUCUUGAAUCAACUGACCACCAUAUUGAUGAAGCCGUGUAUCAGUACGCGUUUCAACACGGUGAACCGAAGAACGGUGUGUCUGCUGAUGAUGGAGGAACAAGUUUUGUGAGCGGUAUAUGUUCGGAUUCAAAGAGCACGUCAUUAGUAGUGGACCAUGGUGCGUAUACAUCGGCAGGAAUUGGAACCCAUGAACUUGGUCAUAAUCUUGGCGUUUAUUGGCAUGACGGCGAGGGUACAGCUAGGGGGUCACCCUGUAAUGCUUCACUGAACUACAUUAUGGCUCCAGCAUCAUACCUCAUUGAUGAAAAGAAUCUUAGAUACAGCUUCACUUUCUCCACAUGUUCAACACGGCAGAUAAAAACACACUUGGACACUCUAAUAAAACUGAACCGAAACUGCUUACAAUGUAACCAAAGAGAUAGGAAAUCACGACAAGACGUUCAGAUAGAUCGUGAAGUACAAACUCAUAUGAAUGUUCUACCCGGAGAACUUGAUGACGUCCAUGUUCAAUGUAAACAAUUAUAUGGAGCUGGAUCAUUUAUGUGUCCACCUAAAAGUCCUGAGGAAAUGUGUUACAGAAUGUAUUGUUAUGAUCCAAAGCGCAGCGCAUGCGCAAUCAUCAGCGAACAAAUGGCCGCAACCGGAACUCCUUGUGGUAAAUACAAGAUUUGCAAAAUGGGCAAAUGUGUAAGAGAUCAAAGAGGCCGAGAUGUUCCGGAUGACUGCCCCUAUCCAGACAUCCCAUCUAAUGGCGCCCACUGCGAAGAUGCGACACCUUUCAUGUGUAAAAAUGAGAAAUUUAGACAAAAGUGCUGCAACUCUUGCAGUAAAAAAUUCUCUCCCGAGGAGGCGUGCAAGGAUUCACAUAUUCUUAUCAAUGGCAUGACAUGCUCCCAGCUAAUGGUUUCAGUUUUCGGACGUCCUGGUUGUGCAAGCGAUUAUAACGUACAAAAUAUGUGCUGUCUCAGCUGUAAACGGUUGCUAAAGACAGGCGAUGCAAACUCUGCUGGAUUAAUGAUUCAUAUUGGUGUUGGUUCCCAGCUCGGCCCACAAGCUCCUUCUUUUCGACAGAGGUUUCAAAAUAGUUUCGGAACCAGUGGAGGCCUUCGCAGUAACUCUAUAUCUAAUAAGAUUAUUGGUUCUCAGUCAAGAGUAAGAACAUCACAAAAGCAACAACAACAACAACAGAAACCAAUGUAUCAAGCGCCAGUAAAUUAUCCAUCAAAAAAUACGAAAAAGACGUCACCACCCAAAGAGUGUAAGGACGCGAAUAUAACUAUAAACGAAUACUCUUGUCAGUAUAUAGGAAAGAAUAAGAGUUCUUGGUGCGAGAGUUGUAUGGUUCAACAACAUUGUUGUGAGAGUUGCUGGCCACAUAGUUCUAAAAUUGAUAAAUGUAAAUGAAUG